CUCCUCUUCAUUCCUCCGAUCGCCACUAUCCCUUCUUUUUUAAUAUUAAAUAUUAUUACGUCCUCUGCUUCAGUUUCUUUCAUUCAUCUUUUCGUUUUCCUUCUAUCACUACCAUUUUCAUUUGUAAAAGCAUCCAUCGCUAUUGUGUUUGAUAUUCCGAUCGGAAACAAAUCAAACUACUGUUUGUCUCACCUUUAUACCCAAAUAAAUUUUCAUUCUCACACAAUUCUCUAAACCCAAACAGAUCUCAAGGUUGAUCCCCUUUAUUUCCUCCAACACACCCUCCAACACACACACAUACAUUCCUCUCUAUCCCAGAACCAUGUCCGCAGAGAAGGAAAAUGAGAUUUACGAAGCCCGUAGUGUCCAUAGUGACAAGGAGUCUAUCGUUGACCUCAUGGCCGAGAGGCCUGAGCAAGGAUCCAAUCUUUUGGCGUAUGCCAACGUCGUCUGCGUUGUUGCAGGAACCGGUACCCUGGGUCUCCCAUAUGCUCUUAGAUUAGGUGGAUGGAUCAGUGUCGGUAUCGUGAUCCUUUCUCUCUUGAUGUCUAUUUAUACCGCUAUCCUCCUCAUGAAGUGCCUUUACUAUAACGGAAAGUACCGCCUUUCCUCAUAUCAAGAGAUCGGUCGUCAUGCCUUUGGCAAGCCUGGUCUCGUUGCUGUCUGGUUCUUCCAUACCACAAUCGUCCUUGGUGCACCAAUCAUGUACCUGAUCUUAUCAGGUACAGAGAUGAAAGGUCUGGUCCCCAAUGACGCUAUCAGUGUUAAGGCUUGGAUUUGGAUCUCUGCUGCGAUUGUUGCAGUUCCCUUUGUGGCAAUGAAGACAUUGAAGGAAGUGGCUGUCAUGUCCAUCUUUGGAGCUUUGGCAACUGUUGUCCUGGUCAUCGUUGCUGUCCGUGGAUCUAUCAUGGACUUGAGCAAUCCCACAUACGCAAAUGUCGGUCAUGAUACUGUCAUCCUUGCCAACCUGCCCACUACGGUUGCUUCCAUCUCGAUUUGCUUUGGAGGAAAUGUCGUCUACAUGCAUGUCGAAGAAGCCAUGAGAUACCCCCGUAGCUGGAACCGUGUGGUCGCUGUAGCUCUUUUUACUUGCUCUAUCCUCUACUUGGCCACAGCCAUCCCCGGUUACAUCACUUACGGCGAUGCUGCCAGAUCCCCUAUCCUCGAGAACUUGCCCAAGGAUGUCUUCACAAAGAUUGGAACUGUAGUCAUUAUUAUUCACGUCAUCUUGGCAGCCCCUAUCUUGUUGACCUCCUUUGCCUUGGAAUUUGAACGUCUGUUCGACAUCACAGUGGCUCGCCGAGGCAAGAUCAUGGAGCGUGUCUACCGCACGAUUACUCGCUUGAUCGUCGUUGGUUUUUGCGGAAUCAUUGCCUGCACUGUUCCAUAUUUUGGUCACUUUUUGUCUCUUUUGGGAGCCCUUGGCAACUGCACCUUGAUCUUUGUAUUGCCUAUCCUGUGCUAUUUCAAGUUGAUCGGAUGGAGACAUUUGAAGUGGUAUGAGUUGGCUUGGUGCGCUCUUAUCGUGCUCAUUGGUGUCAUCUCUGCCAUCAUUGGGUCUAUUGAUGCUAUCAAGGCUCUCAAGGAGUCCAUUGAAAAAGAUAGCCAGUAAACAAUCAAACAGUUUUUUUUUAUCGAUUUUGCUCGCGGAGCACGAGCCAUACCUUGUUCUUCUGCUACCAAAAAAUCCACGGCAAAUCAGUUGUAUAUUAGCUUUUUUAUUUUAUUUUUUUUAUUUUACCUCCUCCCUCUGAUUUCUCUCCAAGAGCUCUAUUCUAUCACUCCACAGGCGAGCUUACUGAUAUCCGAAGUCGUUGCUCUUGAUUGUAUAUGUAUAAUAAAAUAAAGAGAAAGCGUCAAAGUGUACACACAUGCAAUCCGUUAAACUGGUCUUGUAAAUCUUGGGUUACAGUUACACAGGAAUUAAUUAGCC